AAUAUCAAAUGUCCCAAGUGCUUUGUGUCUCCACUUUGUAAUUUUUUUUAAUUAUUUUUUCAGCAAUCCAAUUAAAAUUAUCGAAUGAGUAAUGUAGCCGUUACAUAAUAAAUAUAAAUAAUAAUACAACAAAACCCAGUCACAGUGAUAAGUUUAAAUAAUUGGCCCCAAUUUUUUCGUGUCAAUGUAGACCUGUACUCCAAUCUAUUAUUCGAGGGAAUCCCUGAUAUUCGCAGAGAUGAGACAUGCCUUUAAUUAAUAAACAAUUAUGCUCGUAUUAUAAUUUAACUGGUUAGGCAAAUCAAUGGAGAUCUGCCAAAAGUAGGUCAUUAAAGAAAAAAGAAACAGGAUGGAAUGAAUAUCGACUUCUCUUACGACUAUGAGGUUCAACAAGCAAGAGCUUGUGACUUUAGCUACGCAGCCUUCGAGUAAAUUUGAAAAGGAGGGUGUGUUGCACGUACGCGAGAGGCAGGAGGGAUUUUUUCGUAAAACCGAAAGCAAGGAUAGCAAACGAAAAAAAGGUGACAAACAAAAGAGUCUUCACAAUUUGAACUGUGUAGGUGGCGCUAAUAAAGUAAGCUUAGAGCGUUGGUGUCGUUUACGCGGGAAUCUGCUUUUUUAUUUCAAAAGUAAAGACCCCUGGUCCGAACCGGUAGGAGUGGUCGUUUUAGAGCAGUGCCAAGUUAGACUGGAUCCACCUACAAUAUCGACAACUACGACUACUGAUAUUUUUCCGUUUUAUUUAGUAUUUGACGGUGGUUUAUGCCAGGCGUUGGCAGCGACCUCUGAUUUUGACCGCUCCAGUUGGAUGCAAGCGAUUAAAGCGGCCAGUUACGAGGGAGUGCGCGCCGAAUUACACGCGCUUCAACAAUGUAUCGAACGUAAACGAAAUCACCGUCCGACUUCCGACAUUCAAAUGUGGAGAAUACAACGACAGCACAUGCUGGAUAUAUCCGAGUUACCUUUGUGCGAAAUUUCUUUAGCCUGUGAUAAUCUUUUGUGUGACGGUCACGGGCGACCUCCUAAUCCCACCAUUUUAAUCGAUAUUUAUAUGUCUUCUGCCAAAGUAUGGGUCCAAUAUGCCCGAACCGAAAUUAUUGAGCGAAGCAGCAAUCCGAGUUUUUUUAGUACUGUAAGUUUUCACGCCUCUGAUGGUCUCUCGGGGGAUUCGCGUGUCCGUUUCACCGCAUUCGACGUAAGAGAACGAGUUUCACAGACCGCUUUACCAAUCGGUACAGCCUGUGUGUUGUUAAGUGCCAUACAAGAUUCAUCACGUUUACGCAUACCGCUUUUAAAUAGAGCACAAAGCACUGUGGGAUUUCUUACAAUUAGCGCUUGGGCAUUAGAAGCGGAGGAUCGAGGAAAUAGUACCGAACACACGCCCUGUCGGGUACCCCCUUCUAAUAGUCAUCAGAUAAUGUCGCAUAGAAGGUCGCAGUCCCUUCCACCACGACUGGGCGUUAAAAUGCGAUUUCCCAACCAAACUGAACUAAAAUUACUCUUCGCGUCGCCGUUUCUCCAAACGUACCGGUUUCAUUCCGGCUUAGGAGGAGAUAUAUGCGUUCACGAAGUGAUGUUGGAGAGUAGACUGUGCUUUUCGUUCCCCCAUCAACUGGUCGGGAUUUGGAUUAACCAGGAGAAGGAAUUGUUACAAGAAGUUGCCGGCAUGGGCGAGUUGAGAGAGCCAUGGCACUCUCGCCAAGUCGAGCUGCUCGAUCGACACCUACAUCUCCUCCGACUUUAUUCUCAGGCGAGGGAAAACUUGCAAGCGCAUAAGGGUAGUUAUUUUAAGGCGAGCUCGCGAAGGUCGGAUCGCAGUUUGGAAUUCGCGCCGAUCAAUUUGCACUUGCAGCGCAUGUGGGUUCACAACGAUACGCUUAAUAAGUCGGGGUUUUACGAUUGGAUAACGGUGGGCGCGUUCACUGCCCAUUCGCAUAAGUCGAAAAAUGGCGGAUUGAUCAAGCUGGUACAAGCUUUAAAAGAAUCUCCAACUAGAUCUAAUACAAACUGUCAAGUUACAACCAAAAUUUCAAUGGCUAACGAUGCAAUUCAGGCAAUCAAACAGCUGCGAAAAGAGGUGGUCGAAGCAAUGAAGACUCUAAUGAGGCUAGCGAAGGAGAAGCAGACAAUCGGAAUGUUACCGAUCUGCGAAGACAUGAUCAAAAAGACUCGGAUAUUACUGAGCUUAUGGGAUCCCAGUUUAGUAGAGGAGGCGCUCAGUUUUAUUGAAGAGCAUAAACUGGCCGUCACGGAUGACUCUGGAGUCGGAGAUGAUUUUAGUCUGGACACAAGCGGUAAACACAGUUUGGUGCUUUCGCCCUUCAAACGCAUAACGCAGCAGUUGACUUCGCUCGACCUCAAAAGUCCAGACAUUGACGAUUUCGCGACGCCUUGCACGCCGAAAGCGGUGGACGAUGUCUGGAAUCUACACGAGUACCAAAAAACAGACGACUUAAGAAACGAAAUUAACCUGUUGAGUACUAGCGAGGGAGUAAAAAGCUUGUGCUCGAGGGUGCAAACGCCCGACGAAGCGAAUUUCGUGAUCUUUCCGGAAUGUGAGGAAAACCACAAUGAGAGUUUUAGCGAAUUAACGAAUGGCGAACCGAAGUCGUUAGACCCGGACGUCGGGCGUACGUUUUUAGAUACGAACGUCAUGAGCAGUUCGCCUUCGGCAAACUACUACAAACCCACUGACGAGCCGGAACCGUGGGACUUGACGCAACUCAACAUUGAGGCAAGCGUGAUGUGCCUAGUGAGUAAGGUUAAGUUUCUUUGCGGCCGAUGCGGCAGUCCCGCCGUUCGGCUGCGUCAAAAUCCGAAGGGAAGCAAGCGAACUGUAAUUACGAAUCAACCGGGCACCAACGUAAACAAAGAUGGCGAAAAUUUGACACAGGCUGUGAAUACUGUAACUAAGGUGAUAAAGAAUGGAAACAAGUUUACGGAUGGUUUAGAUUUGAAUAAGAUUGUCGAUUGGGUCGGCGAGCUGAGGCCCAGCAUGAGAAAGUUGCGACAAGCCAUGGACGGUCUACUGAAAACCGCGCGGCUUACCCAUUCCGUAUUUCGUGUGCAGCAAGACCCCAAGGCGGCGCAGAGGGUGUGCAACGUUCAGUAUCGCAGAGACGUCUGCUUUUCGCAAGCGCUCACAUCCUUGGUAACCGGCUUGAUGACCCGACUAUGGUGCCACAAACCGGACCCUGCAUUUAUAACCUGUUUAACCUCACUAGGCCCACUGGCGUGCUUCGAAUGCCUCCUAAGCUUUCACGGGAUGGAAAUAGACAUGUGGGGCGACAUGUCGGUGGCGGUCGAAGAUUUACGAACCGUUAUGUUCACGCUCAACCGUUGUCCUAGUCCCGCCUCCAAUGAACCUCAUCCGAUGCCAAAAAUAACUGGAAGUCGUAAUUCCCUAACGGUAUCCCUGCCCAUUCCAGAUGCACUAUACACCUUAUUACCUAGUAAACAGUCCGUUACAUUCCACGUAACCCCAGUCUUCUUUAACAUUGGAAUUAACGAAAAGGCGACACUCGCCGAGAGUUUAGGUGCAACGAGACCGCAAGAAAGAUCAAAUAUUGAUAAUUAUAUAAGACUUAACGAAUAUUACUUAAGAUAUCGUAAAUUAAAUAUACCCGACGUAAGUUUGAGCAGCGGACGUCUGUCUGCUUGUUCACCGCAACGAGCCGUAGGAGACUUAGUGGAUGAACUGAAAAGUUCUGUACAUAGUAACAAAGCAAAAAAUGUAGAAAUACUACAUCUAGCUGCACAAAUAUGUAGACAAAUGAAGGGUUUACGAUUUACUAGUUGUAAAAGUGCGAAGGAUCGUACAGGAAUGGCUGUAACAUUGGAACAGUGUCAUAUUCUAUCAUCUGAAUACCAUUUGGCAGAACAUGAAUUUCAGAGAGCCUUAGACUGCAUGAGAAGUGAAGGGUGUAGAAGAGAAAACACUGAGAAAAAUACAAACGUACGCAAGUACGCGUUUAACUCUUUACAACUAUUAACGUUACCAAAACUAUAUCGACCACCAACUGGAAGUUACGGAUCUGCACAGUCCUAAAAAUUAGAAACUUAAAAAGAAAUGUAAGUAAUUCCAAAACGAAGGUGCCAAUUAAAUGUACUAAAUUUUGUUGUACUUAAUUGUUAUUAUUAUUUUAUAAAUUUUAUAGCUACUUAAUAUUUAUUAAUAUUUAGGUUGUAUGACAUGCCAUUGGACAAUCGACAUAGUUGUUUUGAUUAUUUACAAUUAAUUGUUAUUUAAAUGCAUCACAUUUUUUUUUCGUAAUUCGUUUACCAUCAAAAAUCUGGAUAAAGGAUUGGGUUAUGUAAUAAAUGUUAUUAAAUAUAA